AUGCCAGCUAUGGCUGCUUCCACCGUCCCAACCAUCUUUCAUAAAACCCCAAGUGCAUCUAUCUAUGUCUCUAUAUCACCAUGUAUCACAAAAUUGACAACACCCAGAACCAAAUUCAGGCCAAAAUCAACCAAAACAAGAGUCUUGACUCAACCCUCUUUAACCCCACUUGCAACCCUCUCCGACCCAUUUGUCCUCCAAAUUGCAGAAACUCUUGAAGACUCUCUCUCUUCCAAUUCUUCACCACCACUGCCACCUCUUGAAAAGCUCAGAGACACUUCUUCACAGUCCCUACUCUCUACUCCGUGGCCUUCUCGCAAAGACGAGCCUUUUCGGUUCAUAGACACUUCCUUCAUCAAGAACUCCCAAAUUCUACCCAUCUCAUCCCCACCUCAAUCUUUGAACUUUUUGGAUGUUCCCACAGAUACCCAAUUCCCCAGUCUCGCAAUUGCUGAUGGUUACAUUGUGAAUUAUUCACCCCAAUUAUCCGAAUUGCCCAAUGGCGUAUUUGUAGGUAGCUUGUUGAGCCUCAAUUCUGAGGCUAUUAUGAAAAGGGUGUUUGAAUAUGUGUCUAGCUUUCAAGGGGACUUAUUUUGGUCACUUAAUGGUGUAGGUGCUCCAGAUUUGGUGGUUGUGUAUGUACCUGAGGGGUGUAGAGUUGAGAGUCCUUUGCAUUUGAAGUUUUUUUCGGUUGAAGGGAGCUAUGACGGGUCAAAAAGUUUGCCCGUUUCGAAUCCGAGGGUGUUGGUGCUGGUGGAGAAGGGAGGGGAGAUUGGUAUAAUUGAGGAGUAUGUGGGUGGAGAAGGGGAUAAGUGUUAUUGGGCAAAUUCGGUUAUGGAAGUAAUAAUUGGAGAAGGGGCAAAAGUUAGCCAUUCUUACAUUCAAAGCCAGUCUUUGAGUGCUGCCCAUUUUAAGUGGACUUCUGUUAGUCAGGAAACAGCAAGCACUUAUGAGCUCAUAGAGGUCAGCACGGGAGGGAAGUUGAGCAGGCAUAAUGUUUGUGUUCAGCAAGUUGGCCCAGAGACAUUUACAGAGUUGUCUACAUUUCACUUGUCUGGCAGUGAUCAGACCCAUGAUUUACAUAGUAAACUGGUCAUGGACCAUCCGCGAGGAUUUUCUCGACAACUUCAUAAGUGUAUUGUGGCUCAUUCAACAGGACAGGUUGUAUUUGAUGGGAACAUACAAGUCAAUAGAAAGGCACAACAGACAGAUGCGGGACAACUAACUAGGAGCCUCCUUCUUCAGCCUCGUGCAACUGUAAAUGUCAAACCUAAUCUCCAAAUCAUUGCAGACGAUGUCAAGUGCUCACACGGGGCUGCAAUUAGCGACCUAGAAGACGACCAACUUUUCUACCUCCAAGCACGGGGUAUUGACAUAGAAACCGCUAGAAAAGCUCUCGUCUUCUCGUUUGCAGCUGAGGUGAUAGAGCGUUUACCUUAUACUUCUGUCAGAAAGCAAGUUGAAAAUCAUAUUAGACAAUUACUAAAUCCGGCACUUCCCUCAUAG